UCCCGGAGCCGGGGCGCCGGGCGGGGGACGUGAGGACCAACCCUCUCCAGGGACCCCUUUGUUCGCAGCCCAGACGCCGACACCUCCACGUCCCCAAGGACUUGACUGCCCGCAUCCGCGUCGCGCCCGGGACGAGCUCAGAACAGGAGAGGGGAGGGGGUGCCACGGCCGGCCGCACCCUCCAGCGACCCACCACUCCCGACAUGUCGCGCUCCUUCUAUGUCGACUCGCUCAUCAUCAAGGACUCUUCACGGCCCGCGCCCUCGCUGCCUGAGCCUCACCCCGGGCCAGACUUCUUCAUCCCGCUGGGCAUGCCGUCUCCGUUGGUGAUGUCCGUGUCCGGGCCAGGCUGCCCGUCCCGCAAAAGCGGCGCGUUCUGCGUUUGCCCGCUCUGCGUCACUUCGCACCUGCACUCCUCGCGCGGGCCUGCCGGCUCCGGCAGCGGCAGCCCAGGCGCGGGCAGUGCGGGGGUCGGGGCCGGCGGGGCGGCGGGGGCAGCCGGGGCCCUGCCCCUGCUCAAGAGUCAGUUCUCUUCGGGUUCUGGCGACGCUCAGUUUUGCCCGCGCGUGAGCCAUGCGCACCAUCACCAUCACCCGCCACAGCACCACCAUCACCACCAUCAGCCCCCGCAGCCCGGCUCGGCCGCCGCCGCAGCAGCGGCUGCGGCUGCGGCUGCGGCGGCCGCGGCGGCCUUGGGGCACCCGCAGCACCACGCACCUGUCUGCACCGCCACCACCUACAACGUGGCAGACCCGCGGAGAUUCCACUGUCUCACUAUGGGGGGCUCGGACACCAACCAGGUACCCAGUGGCAAGAGGAUGAGGACGGCGUUCACCAGCACGCAGCUGCUGGAGCUGGAGCGGGAAUUCUCUUCCAACAUGUACCUGUCUCGACUCCGGAGGAUCGAAAUCGCCACGUACUUGAACCUGUCGGAGAAGCAGGUGAAAAUCUGGUUUCAGAACCGCCGGGUGAAGCAUAAGAAAGAAGGGAAGGGCACGCAGAGGAACAGUCACACGAGCUGCAAGUGCGUUGGCAGCCAGGCGCACUAUGCGCGCUCAGAGGAUGAGGACUCCUUGUCGCCUGCCUCGCCCAACGAGGACAAGGAGAUUUCUCCCUUAUGAGAGACGGCCACCCACCUCUCACCGUAAGCUCCCGCCAGACUCCACAACGCCAACGCGGUGGGCACCCGGGGCCAAAACCCUUGCCAGUUCCACGGCCCCUAUCUGGAUAAAGACCUAGACUAGCAUUCCUGGGAGCGUCUGUGAGCUGUAAUUGACGCUUCACGUCUCCUCCUCGACCUACUUGUUUGGAGCUCCACUUGCAGUUAUAGAUCGUUUUUAAGAAAUGUAAAUAAUCUAGAUUCAACUCAGACUUGUCAUAACAGAAAAAACAGGGUUGGUUUAAUACUGUAUGGGGGUUUUUGAAAGCGCCUGUCAUUUCCCCUUUCCUCCUGUCUUUCAGAACCUGAUAAGAACACGGGGUUUCUUUUCUGUUCUUUUUCUAAAGGAAAGCAUUGAAUUGCAAAUAAUUUAGAAAAUUAAGCCCUGUAGAUCUUGAUUUCUGAAAAUUUGGGGAGAAUUUAAAA